AUGCGGAGCUGGGCUCCGGGCAGCCACGAGUUCUGGGUGGAACCCUGGAGCGAGCGAGGAGAGCCGGAGAGGGGCUGGCGGCCCAGUGCUGGAAUCGAGCGGCUCCCUCUACUGGCGAACUCGAGGAAUCGCCGGGUGUUCCCGUGUAUCUGUGUGUCACUGUGUCACGAGGAGUGUCACAGGUGUGUCAGCGAGUGUCAGUGGAAGUACCGGCGUGGCGUGCCCCGAGGCCUGGCACCGGCCGCCCAGAGUCGGCUGCCCGGCUCCGCCGGCGCCCCCGGCACCAGCUCCCUCCCGGGGCGGGAGAGCGCCCUGAGCCACCUUCCCGGGUGGACCUGGGGCCACGUCUUGCGAUGGGGCGGGCGCCAGGCUGGGAGUCGGGCGGGCGCCCAGCAGGGCUCCCGCCUUCCCCGACUGGAGGGUUUGGAAAAACUGAGCAGGCAGCCAAGGCUUGGCUGGAAAUCCUGCAGCCCACCCUCCUGGGGACACAAAGCUGGAGGGCGGAGGCUGGGCGGGGGAAGGGAGCACGACCCCGGGGAGGGCAGGGCCUCUUUUGGGGCUGGGGGCCCAGGGGCCAGGUCCCUGGGGAGGGGGUUCCUGGCGCUGUCUCCCUGCAGUCUGCUUCCCCCUUCUUCUCUCCCCCCUCCCCCCUCCUCCCCCUCCCCUGCUCCAGUCUUGCAGAUUGCGGGCAGACUUAACUCCUUGCGCGCCAGCCGGGUAGACUCCGAGCUGGGGACGCCGGGAGGGAGGGAAGGAGGGAGGGACUCCGGACCCCACUCCCACCACGGUUUAACACCUUGUGGCCCGGAACGCAGUCUCGGGAUCGGGGCUGCUCGGAGCCCCGGGAGGCUGCCGGGUGCUGGAGGACAGACGCCACAAAACCUGGCACCUGAGAGCUGCGUGAUCCGGUCCAUCCUGCUGCCAGAUCUUAAUUGUCUCCCCUCCCGCCACCGCAGUCCCCCGCGUCCCUCCCUCCACUCUUUGAUCCCCGUGCCCCCGCCGCCCGGCCCCACUGGUCGCUACACGGUCUCUGCCGGAGACCGAAGGCUGCGGAGAACCCGGAAGUCUGGCUUCCGCGGCUGCCCCACCUUCUCCGUACCGCCCGCGAGGCCCAGCGCAGGUGACCGCAGCCCCGGUGCCCCUCGCCUCCGGGGGGCUCCUUCACCUUCCGCGGAGACCGCUCCCCCACGGAGGAGGGAGUGCCAGCCUCCAACAGCUCCGGCCGGGACGAGGGCCCGAGGAUCUGGAAACCCUGACGUCGCCUCCACCCUGGCGCCCCUUGCUUGGGCACCACCCCCUCCGCCAUCAGAUCGGCCUUCCGAUUCUAUGAAUGACUCUGCCUGAGGGAAGCCGCCCAGGCUGGGCAGGAAGGGGUUAACGGGGCUCCCCGGCUCCGUGUGGGAGCCAGGUGCUGCCUCGGGCUGUGCUCAGGUGCGGUUGGGUGGAAGGAGGGCUUCGGAGACAGCUGGAGUGCUCCUCCCGGAGGAAUAGCACUUCCGGAGGUAAGGAAGCCUCUGAG